GACUCGACGCGAGCUAGGCGGAGAAGGAGGAUGCACGGCAAUUAAGUUUUAAGAAAAAUGGGCCUGCUAGGAUUCUUCAGACGACUGAGGAAGGCAUCCCGCAAGCAGAGCAUACGUGUCCUCCUUCUUGGUCUGGAUAAUGCUGGCAAGACGACCAUCGCCAUGAGCCUCUGCCAGGAAGAGAUCACUGACGUCAACGCCACUCUGGGCUUCAACAUCAAGAAAAUGAAGGCAAAUGGGGUGGAACUUAAUUUGUGGGAUAUUGGAGGUCAAAGACGGCUCCGCCAGUAUUGGGAGAACUACUUUGAUAACACUGAUGUCUUGCUAUAUGUGAUCGAUAGUUCAGAUACUAAAAGAUUGGAAGAAACGGGCGAGGAGCUGGCCCACCUUCUGGAAGAGGAGAAGCUGGGCGGAGUGCCGCUGCUGGUGUUGGCAAACAAACAGGACCUGGUGGGCGCGGCCCCUCCUGAUGAGAUCGCAGAGGGGCUCAACCUACACACUAUCAGGGAUAGGGUGUGGCAGAUCCAAGCAUGCUCGGCCAUCACCAAGGAGGGCAUUGAGAAAGGAAUGGACUGGCUGGUGAAAGUAGUCAAGAAGUGAUCACAGGAUGAUCAUGACUACUCAAGAUAACAUCAGUGAAGCAUUCAGGUAUUUUCAGAGUAUUUUACAGAGGUGCUCAAAUCAGCUAUGUAUAAAUAAAGGACAUAUAUAUAUAUAUGGCUGCAUGAAAAAUUGUAUGAAAUUGAAGCUACAUGUACAUGAACAUGUGAUAGAAAAAGUAUACCAUACUUUUAUCACAAUUUUCCUUUAAAUUAUUAAUUUUUAAAUGUUAUUGAUGUGUGCUGAGUAAUGAAGUGCUAUUUCACUCAGAAAACUGACAGCCUUCCAGUAAUAUGAUCAACUGGUCCAUGAACAAUUGUCUUUAUUGAGCAGCUGAAAUAUUGUGUGUUUUUUCUUUUGCAUAAACAAAGAUUAUAAAUCAAUGAAUUAUUACCGUUUCAAUCUAGUUAUUCUUAAAUAUAAAUUUGUAACCUUCCAUACAAACUGGAUUGUUUUUUGGUUAACCUUCAACUUUUCCACUUUAGAGAAUGUUGUCUGAAGUAUUUUUAUGAACAUACUUGUGUAUUUAUUAUUUAUUCACAACCAUUAAAGUAAAACUCUAAUAAAGAAAGUAAAGAAAUCUGGAGUCAAUUGUGGAAAUGAUGUUUGGUGUUAUAAGUAGCUUUAUAUGUAUGAGACCCAAAAUGCAUGCUUUAUGGGGGAUGUAUUUAAACUAUCAGUUUCUUUAAAAAAAAUCGGGGUUUAUGUAAUCAUGAAGAAUACACUGAUUUCCCCAUUUCUCAGUGGGCUGAGAAUGGCUAUAACAUGCAUUUUAUGUUGUUGAAAUUAUGCCAAAAAAGGCCUCCUUUGAAUAUCAGUUAUGUAUAUUGUUAUUUUGUAGAUAUUUCAAAGCUGUCAUAAUAUAUAUAUAUUUAAGAGUUUGAAUGUACAUAGUAUUCAAAGUGCUGAUCAAAUUUUUAGCUAAUAAGCCUUUUCUGUUACAGAAAAAAAAUGUUAUUGAUGUAAAUUUUUGAUAUGUGAUGAAAUUCUCAGAGAAAUAUUUUAUUGGAAACAUUGCCUAAUUCUGAAAUGUACUGAAUUGCCACAUUUAUUGAUGUAGCAAGUAACCGUCCAUGAGAUUACCAAAAGAAGAGGUACAGUACCUGCCUAGCUUUUGCUGCCUAUUAUCAUUGUCUGUAUUUGUAAGAUUGACAGACUGCAUAGAAAUCCAAGAUAUGAAUUGUUGAAAGCAUUCCAUGAAAUUAGAAGUACAUUGAUGAAAUUUGACGCAUAUCAUUUUACUUUGAUGAUUGGACAUUUAAAUUGGUACUCCAAUGGGGCUAUCAAAUUUUAAAAGAAAUGAUCAAAUAUAUUUAUAAUCUUUUAUCGUGAUAUACUGGAUGAUUACUAGUGUGUGUACAGGACAUGAACUUAGAGAAUAAUAAUUCUUACCAGCUGACUGUAACUUCUUGAUGAAAAGUUCUUGUUUUCGUCAUUGAGUAAUGAUAUCAGAACAAACAAUGACUAACUGUACUUUUUUGAAUUAAUGAGCUAAUAAUAUGAUUAGGUUAAUUACUGGACGGGUGUAUUAUACAGAAUCACCCUAGCAUGGGAAGCUAAGUUGGAUUUUUGUCUCGUCAAUAUUAUGUUAUGCCUUGCCUAACAAUGCCAUUGUUAUACAUGUAUGUAUUUUCUAUAUUAAUCUGACCUUUUCAAGUGACUAAUUAAUCCUGUUUUGAGAGAUUUAAUGAAAACCUUGAAUUUAUUGCCUUGGUAAGCUCUCUGAAUAGCAGAUGCAUCCUGUAUUUCUAUGAGGUUUUUUAAUAAUUUUAAUGAUACUGCCAUUAUUUUUUAAGUAUAAUAGAAAAGGAUAAAUUGUUAUUAGUCUGAUAGAUUCAUAUCCACUUUUAGACUUCUUUUUAAUUAUAGUCCCCACCAAAGGUUUUUUUUUUUUUUUUUUUUACUUAGAUGAUGGUGAUUUCUGGUAAUGAAGAAACACUGGAAUGAAAUUUAAUGAAUACAUUCUUAUUUUGUUCAUUAUUAUUAUCAUCAGGGCUGUGCACAAUUAUGUUUUAAUUACAUUGUGUCCAUAUAUUCAGUGAAAAAAGACAGUGGUUUUAAUCUUGCACCGGUCAAAUAGUCUCAUUCAAAAUGUCGGCUGAGCCCAAUAUCCACUUUAUAGCACUUCAGUUUUACCAUCCUUUAGAAGACAACCCCCCCCCCCC